AUAAUCAGGAAGACGUUUCCCUCCCUAUGUUCUCUCCCCCUGGAACAUAUUUAGGUGUCGAGACAGUGUUUGUUGUACAGGGCCCUGCGAUAUGGAUAGAACUUCUUGGACUGUGUGUGCCAUACAUGCGCUUGGGUAUCAUGGGAGAGCUUGCAUGACCAAAUGUACGUGCGAAGAGCUUCCAUGUCCACUCAUCACGUGGCUCAUAUCUGAACUGAAAUCAUCUUGCCUGGCCCCUGAUGCUAAAGGGAAGAACGCCACAGGAACUGUUCUUGCAGGGGAUCUGAGGGCAUAUCUGAAAGAGAUGUCCUGUCCAUACACUACACUAAUUUCAGAGACACUGACCCCAGCCAGCCUCAACCAGAUCACUGAAUUCCUGGUGUCAGAGCUACAAGCUGCUUACAUGAUUAAGUACAAAGAAAACCACCCAGAGGACAGAGAAUUAUGUUGUGAAUCUGUGAAAGACCGCAGAGAGGAAAUGCAAGAUGAAGGAGAGAUUUUGGGAAAGAUUGAAGAGUUUGUAAAACAAGAUGAUAAAGUGGCUAGUGAGGCAGAAGAAUCCAAGAUGGAGUUGUCUCUACUCCUUGAGGCCCUGAGUAUGGAUGCGUCUUCCAAGUUUAUUGAUUUAGAGAAUCAGGUGAAAUCAUCUUUGGCUAAGUUACCAGAAGGUGAUAUUCCAAAGCCAUUGCUGAAUAUUGAACUGAACUCUGAUCAGUGGAGACAAAUAGAAAAAUUGAAUGAAGCCCUUGCUACAGACUACAAAUGUCGGCGACAAAUGAUGAUGAAACGAUUUGAAGUCACUCUCCAAUCAUUUACGUGGGGUGAGAGAGGGAAGGAACGUGCAAAGGCGGCUGCGUCCCUGCCUCCCCUCUUGCCGUCUAGCGAGUCCCAAGUCUCCCUCUCCCGACUGCUGGCAGCUCGAGAGGAUCAGUCACGAAUACUGCCGGUCAGAGCAGGACCCUCGACAGCAGUCCAUAAGGUCUUAAUGGGCAGUGUACCAGACAGAGGUGGCAGACCUGGAGAGAUUGAACCCCCUAUGCCGGACUGGAAGAGAGAAAGGGCACAUGGAGACAAUUCACAGAGAAAAUACAGACCUAGAAAAAAGAGUCGGAAAUGACGAAAAAGAAGUAAAAGCCUCUAUCAUGUUCGAAUGAAGGAAGAUACAACAUUAUGUUAAUAUGAUGAAAUAUAACGUUUUUUUGACUAUACAAUUACGAUAAACAUGAUCGGAGGAGGGUGUGCAUUUCUAAAAUGCCAUGCAUUAAAUGGUAGCUCAAAGCUCUGUUUAGUUUCAAGGGACAUGAAGCAUUAUGUUAAAUAUUUUUCCCCUAAAAUAUUGUUUAAACUGACUACCAUUUUAUACACGUCUUAAUUGUACAUUUCAAUUAAAAAGACAUUGUGUACAUA